AUGUCGGCAGCCAGGAAGAAGGUUCUCCUCAAGGUGAGACAACCGUCACACAGCCCCACACACCACCCCCGUGCCGAUAACGCCGCCCAAUCCACCUCUGGGCCCACGGUACCGUCCACCAACGGCGACAAGGACACUGGCGUCGGGCCGUCAUCAUCCUCGGCGACUCUGGGCGCCGACUUCCUCACCCGCGAGCUCGUGGUCGACGACCGCGUCGUCACGAUGCAGCUCUGGGACACUGCCGGCCAGGAGCGCUUCCAGUCGCUCGGUGUUGCAUUCUACCGCGGCGCCGACUGCUGCGUGCUAGUUUACGACGUCAACUCGAGCAAGAGCUUCGAGGCUCUUGAUGGCUGGCGGGAUGAGUUCCUCGUUCAGGCAUCCCCGCAUGACCCGGAGAACUUCCCAUUUGUUGUCCUUGGCAACAAGAUUGACAUGGAGGAGUCGAAGCGCAUGGUGUCACAAAAGCGCGCAAUGACUUGGUGCCAGGCCAAGGGCAACAUUCCUUACUUUGAGACAUCCGCAAAGGAGGCCAUCAACGUCGAGCAGGCGUUCCAGACCAUUGCCAAGAACGCUCUUGCACAGGAGGCCGAGACGGAGCUGUACGCCGACUACCCGGACCCCAUCAGGAUCGACUCGGACAACUCGCAGAACUACGGGUGCAGCUGCUAA